AUGGCUUGCGCGAUGUCCUGCUGCUCGUUCGCUAGCGGUCCCGGACACGGUACUCGCCCGGACAGCGAUGCUCACGUAACAGAAAAACACUACGGUUGCUACAAAGCGGGUAUCUUUUUCGCGCUGGCCGUCAUCCUGCUGCUGCUGGUCGGUUGCUUGCCCGUUUUCCUUCUCACGACCAACAACAACCUUGUGUUGCUGAUCCUGCUCAUCACGCUGCUGCUGAUCGGACUAGUGACCUUCGUGUAUUUCCGCUGGCAGCGCAACCGGGCGCUCGCGAUGCGGCGCACGUACGAACAGCAGAAGUUCACGCUGUCACGUGUCCAUCAACCCGUACCAACGCCAGCAACGAUGACGGCACCGAUGUCGAUGAUGGCUGCCACCACGGAUCCUGCAUCCAAUGGCACCGCGAUGAAGGGCCUCAACCCAACCGCAAUGUACCCACCGUACACUGGACAGAAUUCAGCCACCAAAUUGCAUGAUCCCAGCUCAACGAUGACACCGGGCGGUGGCAAGGACGAUUCGUCGGUGGACGGAACGCUGCAACAAUCCAUAAAAAGCCCUCCGCGGUAUUCAUUCAUCUGA